CGCCCGCCCCGCGCAGCGCCCGGGAGGCGGCGCGGCGGGGGCGCCCCGGCGGCAGGCCCGCCCCGCGCGGUGCCCGCCGUCACUGCCGCGGGCGCUCGGGCCGCCGGCGCCUCCCCCGCCGCCGCCUCCCCCGCCGCCGCGGCGGCCUGAUGCGGCACCCGGCACCGCCCCGCCCGGCUUUUUCUCUCCUUCUACCCGCGAAGCCUUCGCUCUGAUAUCUCCGGGGGCGAGGCGGGGGCGGUGACGCCCUGUGCCCGGAGCGCCGGCCAUGCGGGGCGCGGCCCCCGGCGGCCCCGCGGCGGGCGGCGGGCGCUGAGCGCGGGCGGCGGCGAUGCCGAUGCCGGGGGGCGGUGGGGCCGCGGCCGCCGCCAGGCAGCCCCCGUCCGGCGAGGCGGCGGCGCCGCGGGACGAGGAGCAGCAGGAGGAGGAGGGCGAGGAGGAUCUCCGCGACGGCGGCGUCCCCUUCUUCGUCAACCGCGGCGGGCUGCCCGUGGACGAGCCCACCUGGGAGCGGAUGUGGCGGCAUGUGAGCAGGAUCCACCCCGAGGGGGAGCGGGUGGCGCAGAGGAUCCGGGGCGCCGCCGACCUGCCCAAGAUUCCCAUACCAAGUGUGCCUGUGUUCCAGCCGUCCACCCCCAUCCCUGAGCGCCUGGAAGCUGUACAGCGCUACAUCAGGGAGCUUCAGUACAAUCACACUGGGACACAAUUCUUUGAGAUUAAGAAGAGCAGACCUCUGACUGGGCUGAUGGACCUGGCCAAAGAAAUGACCAAAGAGGCCCUGCCAAUAAAAUGCCUGGAAGCUGUGAUCCUGGGAAUUUACCUCACCAACAACAUGACCACACUGGACCGUUUCCCCAUCAGCUUCAAAACCCACUUCUCAGGGAACUACUUCCGACACAUUGUGCUGGGGGUGAACUUUGGAGGCCGCUAUGGGGCACUGGGCAUCAGCCGACGCGAGGAGCUUAUGUACAAAGCACCUGUCUUCCGCACACUGAGCGAACUCAUCUUUGACUUCGAGGAGGCAUAUCGCCGCUGCUGGCACACGCUCAAAAAGGUGAAGCUGGGCCACUGUGUGUCCCAUGACCCACACAGUGUGGAGCAGAUUGAGUGGAAGCGCUCCGUCCUGGAUCUAGACAAGCUAACCAGGGAAGAUUUUCGCAAAGAGCUUGAGAGACAUGCCCGUGAUAUGAGGCUGAAGAUUGGGAAAGGAACUGGACCACCAUCUCCCACUAAGGACAGAAAGAAAGAUGUCUCCUCCCCACAAAGAGGUCAGGCCAGCCCCCAUCGACGCAACAGCCGUGGGGACCGACGGCCGUCUGGUGAGAAGAAGCCUGCCGAUUCCAAAGCCAUGCCAGACCUCAAUGGGUACCAGAUCCGGGUGUGAGGAGAGCUGUGCCUUGCGUGCCUAGCUCCAUAGACUUCUUGCUGGUCACAGUUGGGACCUGGAUCCACCUGCAGUGAUUCUGACAAAGGGAACAGGGGAACAGGAGCAAAAGAGUGCUGAUUUUCCCAGGUACUUACUACUGGGCCAGUCCCAGAGCUGGAUCCCAUGGGUCCCAGAGGAUUCACCUGUCUGUUUCUGGGAGAGGUAUCCAUCUUAAUUCACUAAGUAUUUUUAAAAAAAAAAAAAAAAAGGAAAAAAAAAAGAAAAAGUUCUGUACAUUGGUGGGAAUUUGCUUCAGGAAGAAUAUGGAGUGAGUGGGGUCAGCAGACUUGCUAUCAACUUUUUUGCCUUUACAGCAAGUAGAUGAAGCGUCUUGUCAACAGUACUUCUUCCCUGUCUGCACAGAAGUCUUCAAUCCACGGAAGGCCUGCAGGGCUGAGGGAGAAGUGCUGCUGGAAUGGGAUGGCCCCCAAAUCUUGUGCAAAAACUCCUGGUUUUGUCAUUAUGAACACUUUGUUUAUCAUUUCUCAUGUGAGACAGGUCUGAAUUUGCUCAGCCUGAUUUAUUGAUCAUACGAAGUCCUCUUAUCCAGCAAAAACAUAUCCUGUAUGUUUAGUCCCGCCUAUUUCAAAGCAUUUCAUUGUCUCUGAGGGGGUAGACAGUGGGAUGGAACCUCUUUGCCCACUGAAGUGCUGGUGAACUGUUGCUGUAAGUCCUUUUGUGGUUGAGUGGGUCAGGAUAUGCCUAUGCCAUUACCAUAUGAAAACAGGCACAGAGACCUCAAUUGUCCCAGCAAUGGAGACAGGGUAGGCAGGGGCUGAUGGGAACCCUGAACUUUGAGUCAUCUCUUCAUCAGCCUUCUGUCUAUUACUUCUAGUAACUGCUACUGUGAAGGCUUGUGGAAGGCACUUCACAGUCAGUGAGGUAUGAGUUUUAAGAGUAAAAAGUUAAAGAAGAAUGUAAUGAUGUGAACAGGUUUUACAAGCAUUUUUUCCUUUCCACAAGGGUCUUGCUCCUUCCUCCCUGUAGUAUUAGGGCUAGAGUUACAUACACCUGUUUGCAAGGAGCCCUGCUCAAAGAAAUUGUAGUUGCUUUCCUGACAUCUCAGCCUGGAGCCUCCUGAAGGCAUUUCCCCACCCCAGUGCCAGAGCUGUGCUUGUGUUCUGGCUCUUUGGAUAACUGCAAUAUGUAACAGCACCACUUAUGCUAACCUUUGCCAAAGGGCUGGCCUGGGCCUUGCUACCACUUACAGCUUUGGCUCUUCCUACACUUCUUUUGGGGGAGUGUUGUACUACUGAUUAAGUAAUGUAAUGCUUGUCAGAAAUCUGGAGUGUUGUCAGACCUCUCUUUGAGGCCUAAAGCCUGGGAACAAUGGGGUUUCCAGAAGUCAGAACAGCAUGGUCUUGAAGUGAUUUAGAUUAAUGGAUCUAGGGGAUGCAAGAGCUGAGCUUGGUAGCGGGAGUAUCCUUGAGAGAAAGUGUCUUGUUUUAUCACAGCACUGACAAGGAGCUAAACUUCCUGAAAUAUUGCAUAUUUAAUUUUGUUAGAACCAGGCUUAUUCUUUCCUGUGAACUUGUUAGAAACAUAAUGGAGUUUAGCUCUACCAGCUUUUUGUUGCAGUAUUGCUGUGCCACAUCCUGAAAUAAGCAGAGCUAUUUCGGUGGCAGAGAACGGGUUCUUAACCCAUCUUAAUCAGCUCUUCUGUCUAGUUAAAGCAGUGUUAAUCCUCGAAGCACCACCCACAAGCAACUUAACUCAGGCCUUACAGGUUCCUAAUUGUACAUCUUUAACUGUGAUGUAACUUGCAAGGUCUAUCUGUACCACCACAGUCUGUUUUUCGCUAUGCUGUACAGCCAGGAGGACAAACCACAAGAAGGUGGCAGAACUUGCUGCUGAGCCAGGAGAUUAAUCCAGAAUAAGAUGCCAGUUUCCACAGUGCAGUGCAAUGCCUGUCCAUUCCCUUGCACUGCAGCUACAUGCAACAAUUGAAAUUAACAGCAGUAGCAAGCCAAGCACCCUUUUGAAUGUGUCCUCUGCUCAUUUCUGUGUGGCUGUAAAUUAACAUUUAGUGUAUGGAUGCUAAUGAUGAUGUUAGCUGUAAAGGUAACAGUUACCUGUAAAUAAUAUGGGCCACUUGGAAGCCACAAACUGCCUUUGCAUAAUGUUUGUUAUGCAGAGGACUGAAAGUUCAGAUGCCACUGUGAAUCAUAUGAUAAAUAGAAGUAGCAUUCAGCAAGGGAAACUGAAUGUCAGGUUUUAUUAAAGUGGAUGAAAUACGGGAUUAAAAAAAAAAUAUGACUAGGAUGCACCCUCACCAUGACUUUGGUUAGUUGAUUGAUCAGUUAAUUCAAAAUAACUGGAAAGCUCUUGAGAAUAAUUAGCAGCUUCAUACAGAGAACAUUCAAUAGGUGGACAGACUUGAGCCUUUUUAGAUGGAAAGGAGGGGAAGUGUGGGGGGAGGAAGAAUUCAAAACAAAUAAAGCAAGUGAGGGGUCAGCUGCAAGUUAAUGAUGGUUUCUUGAGAGCAGGGCAACAGGGAUGCUGAGCAGUAUUAGAUCACCAGGGCAGAAUGGCUUAAAACAAAAUGCUUUGUUUGACUUUGUAAUUAAGCGCUUUCCUGCAGGAUGUAACUGAGGCCAAUAGUUUAGAAAACCAAAGGAAGUGGAUGUUUAAGAAAUGAAUGACAGGUAGCAUUCAAGGUCUCUUAAUCCUCAGCUGCAGCCAGACAAGAACAUCCUCUUUCAAAUUUAAUUGCACAACUAUAUAUGUUAGGAGGCAUUUAAUUCUUUGCAUGUAUCCAAUGUUGGUAACUGCUCAAGAUGGACAUUGGAGCAGAUAAGUGCCCUCUUCUAGGGUUACUAUUUCAAGCCUUCUACUAUGUUUCUCUGUGAGUUAGAAUUUCUGCUCUUUACUGUUUCUGUAUCUCCUGUUUAGCAGAUGGUGCAAGAAACUGCAAAAGGACCGUACCCUUCUUUCUCUUGCUCCCCCUCUCUUUGUAAUAAGAUGAAUCACUUCAAUACAAAGCUUUGCUUCUUUCCAAACAAACAAGACAGCAUCCUUCCAUGACAGAGAGGAUUAGUGCAAUCCAGCUUUAUGCCAUAAGAAAACUGAGGAUACAAUGCAAGACAGACUUUAGCUCUUCUACUUCUUUCCUCCCUCAUCCACUUGCUCUGACUUCUGGUCUGUCUGCCUCUAACCUUAAGGAAAAAAAGGCUGGUGAUGAGAGUCUUUUUCACUCCUGCAGUCUUUAGAGCUACAGAGAAGGAAUGAAAAUAAGGAACUAGACUGUAACUCGUACUCCUUAGUGCCUGCAGAACAGGAAAGAUUAAUCUUGAGGUGUCCUAUUAAUUAUUUAAUGUUAAAUAUUUAUAGGGUUGUUCAUGUAGCUCUGUGGUGUUAAUUUCACUUUUCAGUAGGUCUCACCUGAUGUCUGUUCUGCAGUACAAGUCCUUGAAUUCUGUGGAAGGGAACUGUGUCCGUACACUAUGGAAUGGAUAGACACUGCCUACAUUGUAUGUAAAGUCUAGGUGAGCUUUGAAAGACUUCAACAAAUGCUGAAUUACUUACUAAUUACCUAUUAUUUGCAAAACUAUUUUAAAUGUAAUGCACACUUUGAAAUAGGAAUUCCUCUUUUUACUUUCAUGGACACAAGUCCCUGGUACCUUGGUACCUUGGCCAACUGCAAUUUUUUUAAUGGAUGGAUGGAUUAGUGAGCAAAACUUUCUGCUACAGUGUCACUGAUAUAAACUUUGUAUAUUAAAGAGCUGGGUUGGGUGUCCAUCAAUCUGUGACACACUAGCCUUUUUUUUAAUUCUGAUAUAAGUUAAAGGAGUCUUUAGGAACUUAAGGUAUGUUAGCAAGUGUUUUAGCUGGGAGUGGAGUGGUUUUUUUCAGUUGACUAUUUUACCUGUGUGCCACCCUAUGGCUCAGUACAUAGAAUAAAUUACUCCAGAACUGUGGUUGAAACAUAGUUUCUGUUCAUAUAGUAUUGCUGUUAUCAGAUCUGUUUAACAUGAUGAAUUCUUUUUAAGUAUUUCAGGUGAAAGCCUUAAUCAGGUGCCUGCCCCUUAAGGUAGGCUCCUAUGUGGUGUUGUAUAGACUGAAAUAUGACUGUCCUUAAAAUUUCAGAGUUUAGAAACCAUAAUGAACAGAAGAAUGCACCUGUUCCCAACGGGCAAGAGUCUGGAUUAGAUUGAUUUGACCUUACUCUAGUGGCUGUGGCUAAUCACUUCGGGUGGUUGCUUUAGCCACUUGCUUCUUCUAAGUGAAGUAUUUCAAAUGGUCUGAUAAUCAGACACUAGAUAUAAGCCAGAGGUGUCCUGUGUCCCAUGUGUACUACGUGUGCGAGACUGGCUGAAAUAACACCACAUAUUCUGGUGGCCUUGCGCUGUUGUCCUGACAACAUUAAGACCUGCAUUAUGGAUUUAUAAUCUUACCUAACAAAGCAAGUGCUAUUCUGGCUUGAUGUUUGCUCUACCCCAGAGCAAGGUGGAGAUGGCCCCUCUACAGCCAAGCUGAACUCCUUAGGGAAUUUAAUAUUUUUGUCUGUUUUCUGAGCAAGUGUUUACUUGUAUCACAACCACUCUCCUUCAGUGGUGCCUGGCCCUGCCUGCUCAAGAGCAACUCAGCCUAGGCCCAGAAAGCUACUGAAUCCCCCAUAAUCUCUGCAGAGCAGAGUUCCCUCCAGGUCAGGGUUGAGAUGGUGCUAGUGGGACCAGAGUGGUCCCCUUCCAUGCACAUCAGUAUUCUACUCUAGCACUGAUAGGGUGCUCCAAAACCAUUUACAUCCUUAUCACUGGUACAGCUCAGAACUAAGAAAUGGAAAUUUUCUUUCUUUAAGAACAGUAUCACGUGUGUCUUUUUGUAAUUAAUCAGUGUGGUUCUGUGUUCUUAUGUAGCCAACACAGAAUUUUUAUUUAGGUUUAGUUCUUACUGCACUCCCAUGGCCCUCAUGUUGAUACUUCUUCCUGCUUCUUUUGACACUUAGACAAUAAAAUUCCUUCUGUACUGCUCUCAAUUUGUGCAGAGAAAACAA